UUUUAUUUAUGAAAGCACAUUAGAUAUAUUUUAUAUAUGCAUUAUGUAUAUAAAAAUUAUUUAAUUUAUAUGUAUAUGUGUGUGUGUGUGUGUGUGUGUGUGUGUGUGUAAUUAGCUUGAGACAGUUGAUAUUUUAUAUGUAUGUUUUAUUUAAGAAAUUAUAAAGAAAUAUAUAUAUUUAUUAUAUGUAAGGAAGUUUAUGAAAUUAGUAUGACACGUUUGCUAUUUUAAUACAUUAUAUUAAGAAAAUUGUAAACAUUUUAUAAGAAAAUAGAAAGAAAUGUGUAUAAUUUUAUAUAUAUAUAUAUAUAUUAUAAAAGUAUCAAAUGUCUUCUGCUAAUUUCAUAUAUAAUGUAUUAUUAAAAGAAAAGGUGGAAAUCAAUAAGAAAAAUUCUACUAUUUAAUAAAAAUAAACCCAUUUACGGUAGGAAAUAUAUUGUCAUCUGUAGCAUCCCAGUACCUCUGCGUAAGGGGCGUGUUCUUGUCUCCCGCUGCUCUCUGAUUGGCCGAUGACGCGUGGCCCCGCCCCUGCUGGAGUCUGGGAGCGUCAACAGACAUCUGAAGGGAAUCAGACGCGUUCAGUGACUGAGAGGAAUAUCGAGGAAUAACAGCAGCUCCGAGGAAUAUUCGCGUUUGAUCUGACCUGUCAGAGGAUGAAACAUCGAGUGAAUCUACAGCAGAAAUGAUGAAGAGACUCUCGGUUCUGCUGCUCAUCUUCUCUCUCUCAGUUUUCCUCCAUCAGAAUUUCAUCAUCCCACAUGAUGCAUCAUCAUCAUCAUCAUCGUCACCAUCUUCAUCAUCACGAAUAGUUCGUUUGGGCGGAGCUUCAGAGUUGGCCUUCAUCAAAGAACCCAGUGAUGUCAUCGCCGUGAGGGACCGCCCCCUCAUGCUGGACUGUCAGGUGGAGGGGGAGGGGCCUAUCACGAUUACCUGGCGACGGAAUGGAGUUCCGGUAGCUCUCGGAGCGCGAGCAGCCGUGCUGGAUAACGGGACCCUCCUGAUCCGGAACUUCCAGAAGCGGCGCGACGGUGACGAGAGCGACGCGGGCGAGUACGACUGCGCGGUGCAGAACCGUUACGGGCUGCUCAUCAGCCGCAAGGCGCACGUCCAGCUGGCCUCACUGCCCAAGUUCCACACGCACCCAGAGUCCAUGAGCGUGGAUGAGGGCGGAGUCGCUCGAUUUCACUGCGCGGUCAGCGGCGUCCCCGAGGCCAACAUCACCUGGGAGCGAAACAGAACGACUCUCAGCGCCGACGAUAUCAGGUAUACUCUCCUGCCCAACGGUAUCCUGCACAUCACAGGAGUGCGCCGGACCGACAGCGGCGGGUACCGUUGCGUCGCUAAAAACAUCGCCAACACUCGCUACAGUCACGAGGCCCAGCUGUCAGUCACAGUUGCAGCGAAUCGUCUCUAUAAGGAGCCGGUGAUUCUCUCCGGACCUCAGAAUCUCACUCUCAAUGUUCACCAGACGGCCAUCUUGGAGUGCAUCGCCACUGGAAACCCGCGGCCCAUUGUGUCCUGGAGCAGGCUGGACGGCCGCUCUAUCGGUGUGGAGGGCAUUCAGGUGUUGGGCAGCGGGAACCUCAUCAUCUCAGACGUGUCUCUGCAGCACUCGGGUGUUUACGUCUGCUCCGCUAACCGACCCGGAACCAGAAUGAGGAGAACCGCGCUGGGACGACUGGUGGUGCAAGCUCCUCCUGAGUUCCUGCAGUGGCCGCAGUCUCUGUCGAAGCCGGCGGGCAGCAGUGCCGUCUUCACCUGUCAGGCUCAAGGCGUUCCCGAUCCGCACCUGAUCUGGCUGAAGAACGGCAAGAUCCUCACGCCGGGAGACAACGUCAAACUGAGCAACAACAACAGUACUCUGGCUGUGACGCGCAUCACGGCCGAAGACGAGGCCAUUUAUCAGUGCAUCGCCGAGAACAGCGCCGGAACCAACCAGGCCAGCGCUCGCCUCGCCGUCUCUCAGUCCGUCGAGCUCCCAGAAGCCCCUCGGGACCUGACGGCCACGCCGCUGUCCACCAGCUCCCUACGGAUCCGCUGGAAGCAGCCGGAGCCGCACGUCACCGACGGCAUCAUCGGAUACGUGCUGCACAUCCGCAAACUGGGCGAGCCGGACAGCAGCGAGCUCCAGGAGGCCGUGAGCAAAGACACGUUCCAGCACGACUUCACUAACCUGGAGUCCUCCACCACCUUCUCCAUCUACGUCAAAGCGUAUUCACCGCUGGGAGCCAGUCAGCAGUCCAGGAGCGUCAUCGCCACCACACUCGGAGCCGUUCCCACAAUGCCCAGUUUCUUCACGAAGGUCCUGAACAGCACAGCGAUGCAGGUGUUCUGGGAUCUUCCCGCUAAAGCAGGUCGUGUGGAGGGAUAUAAACUGUCUCAUCGGAUGCUGCCGCAACAAGAGUUCAGACACGAAGAGCGCUUUCCUGCCCACAUCAACACACACACCAUCUCUAACCUGGAAGCCGCAGCGGUGUACGAGAUUCAGCUCAUUGCAUUUAAUGGUAACGGUGACAGCAUCGGCAACAAGCGACUCGUCUCAUUGGCCGAGACUGAAAAGAGCGGGAAAGAUGCAGCAGGACAGAGUCUGUGUAACUGCCGUCAGGAUGGCGAGGGCUCCAUGACGGGAUUGGUGGUCGGGAUCCACAUCAGCAUGGCCUGCAUCAUAUUCUGCGCUCUCUUCCUGAUGUUCGGCUACCGUCACAGUUUCUUCUGUCAUAAAGGUUCUCCGGGUAACUGGAGUCUGUCAGGAGGACAAACCGCAGAUAAAGACGCCACCAUCCGCACGGCUGACGCCAUCGAGCUCACGUCACAGGCUGGUGCAGCAGGGCGUCAGGCGGCGGUUCCUCAGUGUCAGGUGAUGAUUGAACCACAACCUCUCGGCCCGUCGGACACCGGCACCGGAUGAAGCACCUCUACCCCCCUCACCCCCUUCAGCUGCACAGCGUCCGUGUCUCUCUCACCAAAGCCUUACACAACUGAACUCAGUCACACAGUUUAGUGCCUCUGAUGACGAACGACACACGGAUCUGUUCCAAACCCUAGUGUGCUACAUAGGCAGCAUCCUGACCAUCAUGCAACAUCAUGAGACUGAUUAGGAGUUUGACAUGCAGUAUGUUGAUGCAUGAUGUAGGCAUAAAUACACAUAUAUAAAAGUGUCUGCUCAGUGCAUGAAUGUAAAGGACACGUGAUGCUGCUUUAGAAUGAGGUAAACGAGGUGUCUUAGAAGGCGGCUGAAUUACAGCUAAUGACGUGUUCAGUGUGUCUGUGGGUUUGGAACAGAGCUGCUGUUACUUAAACCACAUCAGAGUUUCUACAUCAGUUUCCAAACAAACCUCAAACUUAACGUCACUAACUAGAAUAACAAACUGAACUUGAUCCUGUUAAACCAAAAAUGCGUGUUCUGUGUGACUGAACAGAUUAAUAGUUAGAUGAUCAGUGAUUGGUCAUUAAUAAUUCACCGCAUUAGCCUGUGUGCAGCUGAAGACUCCGCCCUCUUCCCUAAACCCCUCCCACUCCGUCCAAAGAGCCGUGCCUCAGUCUGACCGUCCGCCUGCUGCUGGGAAAACGUUCUACCUCAACCACAGGCGUCUUCACACGGGUCCUCCUCGGGUCCGAGCGGAUGCCAGUGAGAGUCUGACCUCUGCCGAAACUUUUGACUCUUUCUCGCCUGAAGAAGCUUCUGUGAAAGUUGAGGGACGUCCAAAGAUCUUCUGCUUCUCUUUCCUUUCUUCACAGUGAUCCACAAACACACUGAUGUUUCCUUUCAGUCAUGUGGGUUUGAUUAUUGAAGCCCGUUUCCGCCACAGAAGAAAAAAAUCAUGCUUUGGUAAAUCGUAAUUAUGACAUAACUCAACUAAAUUAUAACUUAAGACAUAAUUAUAAGAUGAAAAAGUUGAAAUUAAGAUAAAUUUAAUCUUCGAGAUAAAUUUAUAAUUUCGAGAUUUUACAUUAUAAUUGAUAUACUGUCAAAAUUUUUCUCAUAAUUAUGAAUUAGUAUGUCAUAAUGACUUUUUAUGUCAUAGUUUCAACUGUUAUAAUUUUGAGAUAAAAAGACUUUUUUUAUCUAAUAAUUAUGACUUAGUAUGUCCUAAUUUUGACUUUAUAUCAUAGUUUCGACUUAUAAUUAUGAAUUAGUAUGUUAUAAUUAUGAUAAAAAGUCAUAAUUAUGAGAUAGAGGUUUUAUCUCAAAAUUAUGACUUAGUAUGUCAACAUUUUGACUUAUCUCAAAUAUGAAUUAGUGUCAUAAUUGACUUUUUGUAAUAAUUUCAACUUUUUAUCUCAUAAUUUCGACUUUUUAUCUCAUAAUUAUGAAUUAGUAUGUCAUAAUUUUGACUGUCAUAGUUUCUAUUUUAUCUCAUAAUUUCAACUUUUUAUCUCAUAAAUAUGAAUAUGUUAUAAUUUUGACUGUCAUAGUUUCGACUUUUUGUUAUAAUUAUGAUAAAAAAAAUCAUAAUUAUGAGAUCGAUUUUUGUCAUAGUUUCAACUUUUUAUCUCCUAAUUUCGACUUUUUAUCUCAUAAUUAUGAAUUAGUAUGUCAUCAUUUUGACUUUAUACCAAAGUUUUGACUUUUUGUUAUAAUUAUGAUAAAAAGUCAUAAUUAUGAUAUAGAGGUUUUUAUCUCAUUAUUAUGUCUUAGUAUGUCAUAAUUUUGACUUGAAUUAGUAUGUCAUAAUUGAAUUUCUGUCAUAGUUCGACUUUUUAUCUCAUAAUUAUGAAUUAGUAUGUCAUAAUUUUGACUUUGUCAGUUUCAACUUUUUAUUAUAAUUAUAAUAAAAAGUCAUAAUUAUGAGAUAGAGGUUUUUAUCUCAUAAUUAUGACUUAGUAUGUCAUAAUUUUGACUUAUCUCAAAUAUGAAUUAGUGUCAUAAUUGACUUUUUGUCAUAGUUUAAAUUUUUUUAUCUCAUAAUUUCAACUUUUUAUCUCAUAAUUAUGAAUUAGUAUGUCAUAAUUGUGAUUUUUUUUAUGUCAUAAUUAUAAUUUACUAAAGCAUGACUUUUUGAAAUGUGCUUCUAUAGCUGAUGGUGACUGAACCAGAAGACUCUAGAAGAUCAGCUGACCAUUAACCAAAGCUAAACGCUCCAAACAGACACUGAUGUCACUCAUUAGCUCAAGCUCAUUACAUGAUGAUGAUGAUGAUGAUGAUUACGUCAAACACAGAUUCUAUUCUAGAAAUUAUAACUAAUAAUGACUAGCAGAUAUCGGAUAUAUUUUCAUAUGUUGAAACCAGAAAAUAAGAUCUGCUUCUUUGUUUGUAAUGUUGAAGCUGAACUUGCCAAAUAUUGGUUAGUGAUCGUGUUGAUGAGACCAAAUACCUCGAUUCUUCCUCUAAAGCACAUGAACAAACCCCAAACCAGUUUGAUAGUGUUCGUGUGUGUGUGUGUGUGUGUGUGUGUGUGUGUGAGAGAGAGAACUAACCGGUUUAACACACACGUGAACUGCUCUUCACUGUUUGAAUAGUUGCCAAAAUAACUCGUUCUAGAUUCACAUAAAAAGUCUUUAAACCUUUCGGACUCUGAUUCUUGUUGUACAGAACAAACACAAGUGAAACCAAAAUGUAAAAUAAAGCAACAAGAUUAGAAACAGAGACCAAAUUUUAGACAAAAAAGUGGAGAAACGUCUGUUCUCUUGUAGAACUUUCCUUUGAUUCAUUUUCCCACGGAUGAAAAGUUCUUUUUCUGUUUGAUUUGGGAAACAUUGCCAAAAUAGAUGUACGAUUGUUCGUUAAUGUUAUUCUUAUAUUCAUAUUGUCGCUGUUCUUUUGAUUACAUUUUUAAGUCCUUUUUUAAUUUUAUUUCUUCUCUCUUUCUGUAGAAUUAAAAAGAAAAUGUUAGACUUUUGAGAGUUUAAAGCGAGUAGAUUGUUGAUUGCAAAAAAUAUUCCGAAAAUACCUUUACAGUCAUUCCAGAUGUGAUUUUUAUGGAAGCUUGUUCCUGCCAUAAAGAAAAUAAAAAAUAUAAUUGCGACUUCAUCUCACAAUUCAGACUUUUUUUGCACUUGCAAGCUUAUACCUUGCAAUUCCAAGUUUAUAUCUCACAAAUCUGACUUUUUCCUCAGAAUUGUGAGUUAUAAACUCAGAAUUGCAAGGAAAAAAGUCAAAAUUGUAAAAAAAAAAAAAAAAAAGAAGAAUUUUUUUUACUCCGUGGCAGGAACAAGCUUCCAUAGAUUAUAUUGUUAUUGUUGAAGAACAGCCUCAGACUCUGAAAUGUCACUGGUCUGAUCUCUGUUUGCUGCUUUAGGAUCUAAUGAACUCUUUUAUAUUGGGGAUGUUUGAAAUGUUUAUAUGUGACUGAUUGCUCAACAUGUCUAUCGUUUAGGAUAAAUUGUCUAGUCGAGUAGAUGCUGAAUUUAAAUGCUUGUACCAAUGAGAGAAGUGAUGCUUUAACCUUCUGGAUUGUUUUUUUCUCUUCGUCUGUUUGUCAGAACCAAACGCUCCUGUAGCUUUAACCCGACGUUCAGCUGCUGAAACUCACGGGUCGACCCGUCAGAUCACAUGCUGUACGUGACGGAUCUCUGCUUUGAGUUUCUCAGCUGACAUCUCUUCUGUUUUUCUUCCUUCAGUCGGUUGUAAUGAACCUCUUUGCCAAAUAAAACAGCGUUACGUAGAA